AUGCCUACUGAGACUGAAGAAAAAGCUCUUCGAUACAGAAGAGCUCAAAGUGUGUCAACAGCUGAAGAAAUUAGUGAAACUGAGAAGAAAGUGCGAAAAUUACAAUAUGAUAAACCGAUCCAUACACCUAGAGACUCGUUGUUCUCAUGGAGCUCAGAAUUUAACAAUUUCACUGGCUUGGUUAACUGGGGUUUCCUGAUGUUAUCGAUCGGCGGAGUACGUUUAUGCCUGGAAAACUUUUUAAAAUAUGGAUUUCGUGUGAAUCCACUCGAAUGGAUUAUAGUGUUGACUGGCUAUAACGAAGGCGAGAGGGACCAAUAUCAUUCUGUUAAAUUAAUAGUGUUUAGUAUUGUGCCUGUUGUUGUCAGUCUGCUGAUUGAAAAAGCUGUUGCAGUGGAUUUAGUACCAGAAAAGUUCGGCCUAACGUUGCAGAUUUUGAAUAAAUUAUUUGUGCUCAUAUUACCUGCUGCAGUUUUACAAAUCAAGAAAGACGAAUUUAGUUUCGUUGGAAUCACAACAGUUUGCUUCCUUUACUUAGUAAUAUUUUUAAAACUCUGGAGUUACGUUCAGACGAAUCAUUGGUGUAGGAAUGGUUCCAAGAGACGACAUUUGAAAAAUACGCUCAGAAGACAGAGUUUAUCUGCACCCAAUUGGAAUGAACUAGUUAAUGCCGAACAUGAGCAAAGUAAAGAAGAUCUAUUGAACGGCACCGCAGCUGCGGCCAAACUAACUAAGUAUCCCGAUAACUUGAACCUCAAAGAUCUGUUCUACUUUAUGUUGGCCCCCACCCUGUGUUAUGAGUUGAAUUUCCCUCGCACUGGAAGAAUCAGGAAGAGGUUUGUUAUCAAAAGAUUGUUAGAGUUGAUAUUUGGAGUGAAUCUUGUUCUGGCAUUGUUUCAACAAUGGAUGAUACCGUCCGUCAAGAACUCAGUUGAGACAUUUUCCAAAAUGGAUCCUAUCAGGAUAACAGAGAGAUUACUGAAAUUAGCUGUACCAAACCAUCUACUGUGGCUUUGUUUUUUCUACCUUACUUUCCAUUCCUUCUUAAAUCUUAUGGGCGAGCUCUUGCAAUUCGCUGAUCGUAACUUCUACAGUGAUUGGUGGAACGCUAACAACAUUAAUGUGUUUUGGAGCAGCUGGAACAUGCCAGUCCAUAUGUGGGCAGUGAGACAUGUAUACAAACCUAUCACAGAAAGAGGAUAUACUAAAGUAGUUGCUGGCAUUGUUGUGUUUCUAAUAUCAGCGUUUUUCCACGAAUACUUGGUGAGUGUUCCGCUGCAAAUGUUCAGGAUAUGGGCGUUCUUGGGUAUGAUGGCUCAGCCGCCAUUAGCGGUUAUAUCUCGCAUUGCAGAAAAAAGGCUUGGACCUCGAUAUGGUAACAUCAUGGUGUGGAGCUCUUUAAUCCUCGGCCAACCGCUUGCUAUAAUGAUGUAUUACCAUGAUUACGCAAUGUUACAUUUCAAACCAAUAAGCACCGAGUAA